AUGUAUUGCCGGCGUAUGCCUGAUCUCAGCUGGGUUGAUUCGAGUGAACUUUCCCACACGACUCAGUUAAAACAUCCCGAAGUUUACGCCAAGGCCGGGCGGCAUCUGGCAUCUUGGUUCCUGGUCCAGCUUGAUGUUGACAACAAUGGAGCAUUCGAGGCUAACGAAUACGCGCGCAGCACUCAGACUCCAUUCCUUGGAAUCGCUUAUGAUAUGCAGAACACUGUCGUCGAGCUUGCUCACAAUGUUGGCAAUAUGCCUUCUGCCGUCAGCGCAGAACACUACGAUAGUCCCGGCACGGUGAUCUACCGCGUUCGUGUCCUAGGAUCCUGA